ACCUUUUUCAGCUUUCAAAGAGAGAACAUGUCUUCUUCGUCUAGUUCGUCAAAUUCGUCAAGUUCGUCAAUCUCUUCUCCCAGCUCGAGUUCAGAUUCCGUCUCGAGAAAUCAGGACUAUCGCAAUCGUCUACGCGACCAUAGCCGUCGGACCGGAGAGAAAGAGAGGAGGGGCGCAGAUCGAGACUGGGACCGUAGAGGCAGGAUCCGCGGUCGAAGGGAGACUAUCAGCCGCUCUCGUAGUCGCUCACGCAGCUACAACCGCAACCGCAGUGGCUCUCGCAGCCUCAGCCGCUACCGUAACCGUAGCCGAUCGUCGAGCCGCAAUAGCACCCGUUCAACCGAGCAAGCCAGACCGACGGACCAAAUCAGUAUUCAUACCGACCUCCCUCCGACAGCCAUUCAAGAUGAUGGUGAGUUAAUUAUCGCCGAUGCCAUCCCACCACCCCUCGAUCAGGAACCACUUCUGCCCAAAAGUUUCCGUCUCGACAAGGCCCGUUCGAAAGAACUCAGGUCUUGGAUGACCUCUGCCCAGAAACCGACGGAGGCCAAACAGCUUAGGGAAAAUUUUCAUCCCUCGUUCGAAAAGCGUUCUUUUGAGUUUAAAGUUCCAGUGCUGGACCCCUCCAUGGCACGGAGGCUCAAGGAAGUAAGAGGAGGAGAGGCGAGCAAGGCGGAGGCUAAGGAAAAGGCCCUAGUGGCCUCUCAAUUUAAAAUAUUGGACAUCGCCAAGCCUAUGCUGUAUCUUUGGGGCAGUGCAUCGGCCUCUAAUGAUCCAGUCCUGAUCAGCGCGGCAGAGUCGGCGCUUCAGCUGUGGGGCCACGCCUUUCACAGCAUAACGAUGCAGAGAAGGGAGAACGUGCUGCACCAGACGGACCCCCGUUUCGAGGCCUUAUUGUCGGAACCGGGCCGGUUCAAGGCAAGGGAUUGCGGCCUGCUCUUCGGCCGCACCUUUCUCCGCAGCAUGGUCAGAGACGCAUCCGAUGACCAGAAAUUGAAGUCUCUGGGCCAGCCCGGGGGACGGCCAUCUACAUCCUCUUCUAGCCGCCACAGCAGACCCAGCGGCAGCUCGCGUGGGGCGAAAAGUGGCAGAACUGGAUCCGGCUUCACCCUCCACGGUAACUUCAACAAACGCGGCACCAGACCCGGAUCUUCAUUCAAUCGCGGAUCGAGUUGCAGAUCGCCUGUCAAGGGCCCCGCCGGACUCAAGCGACUGGAUGCUGAAUCCAGCCGUAUUCAGUCACCUAAGAGCUCGUUGGAGCCUACAGGUGGACCUAUUUGCCUCGUUAUGGAACAGGCAGAUGGACCGAUUCGUGAGCUGGGGCUCUCAUCCGGGCGCGUUAGCAGUAGACGCCUUCAGCAUCGGCUGGAAGGAUAUAGACGCAUACGCAUUCCCGCCAUUUUGUCUGAUUCAGAAAUGUCUGACCAAGAUAUGGAGGGAGCAGGCGGAGCUGACGCUCGUGACCCCGUAUUGGCCGGCCCAGCCUUGGUUCCCGUCGCUGCUGGAGCUGACGUGCGAGCCAGCGUUGAUUCUUCCGAGAAGGGAGCUUUUGUUGGGCCCGACGGGCCAACAGCACCCACUGGCGCAAUCGAUCCUACUAAUCGCCUGGCGGUUGUCAGGAAUCAAAUGGAAAGCGGCGGCUUUUCGGACCAAGUGGUCAACCUUCUCCUGGGUGGAGUGCGCAACUCCACAUCAGCUGCUUACCAAUCCGCUUGGAACGGUUGGCACAGUUGGUGUGUUCGGCAGGGAGCGGAUCCCAUGUCUCCACCUUUAGAGAAGGUACUUGAAUUUUUAUCGUGGCUGGUGGGCGAGGGAAAGGCAUAUAGGACAGUUAACGUCGCCCGCUCUAUGCUUUCCUCUACCUUGGGUAAGAUCGACGGCGUCGACAUCGGUAAACACCCACUCGUGGUAAAAUUAAUGAAAGGGGCCUACAACAAGAUGCCACCGGCCCCAAAGUAUGCAGGCUUUUGGGAUGUAAACUUAGUAAUAAAUUAUAUUAUCUCCUUGGGCCCUAAUGAUGGACUUUCGUUGGCCGCCUUAUCGUCUAAGUUGGCAGUUUUGUUGGCACUCUCAUCGCUAUGCAGGGUCUCGGAACUGGCCAACAUCGUCAAAGAUUCCAUUGUGAUUGACGACGAACAAGCCAAGUUUUCCCUGUCGGCGCCUAGGAAAUCUCAACGGGCGUCCCCUCUCCAAGUGAUCACCCUGAAAAAAUUGCACCCCGUUUCCUUAGCAUGCCCGGUGGAGACUUUGAAACAGUAUAUUUCCGUCUCGGAGCAGUUCCGUGUAAGGGCAAAAGCUAGAUUGCUACUGCUGGGUCUCCGCCCGCCUCGAAGUUCAGUGAGCGGUUCAACGGUGGCACGUUGGAUCAAGUCAAUCUUGGCGGAGGCAGGAGUAGACACGACCAUUUACUCGGCCCACUCUACGCGUGGAGCUUCGGCUUCCAACGCGGCAAAUCGAGGUGUACCAACGGACGCUAUCUUGUCAGCAGUUACAGGAAAGGAAGCAAUGGAGCCAGCGGAAGUCAAUCGAAGUAAUGAUGUUCCGAAACUUUCCCAUUUUUUGUUGUUGGCGGAAUCCCGGCAGAAGAUUAAGCAAUUUUUUGUUAUGGUUAUCUGUUUAUUUGAAAUCCUCAUUGGUCUGAAGGGGCGUAGUUCCUGAGGGCCUGAGGUGACUGUCAUUUGUUUCUGCUUUGAAAAAUCAGCUGUAUUACACAAGGUCAACACCUAUAUGGAUCCAGGUCUCGCCACUUGAUCGGCAAUCACAAUUGCCCUUCUGUCGCUAGUUAGCGACAUCGAGCAAUUAG